GGGGAAGGGUGGGAAGCAGGAAGUUUUAGAUUUGUAGAAUAUCAGAGUUGGGAGAGGCCUAAAGAUCAUCUUAUCUAACGGCUGUGUAUUAGAGAGGACUAAAUUAAGGCCAGAGAGGGUAAAUACCUCUCCCAAGGUCACAUGGGUGACAGCAGCCUUCCUGAGGCCCAGCUCAGUGCUCUUCUGAAACACAGGGCUGACUUCUCUUCUUGUCCCAGUGCCUCUCAUUUAGGUUCCCCUAAACUCCUGGUGGGCUGGGUCGGGUGUCUGGCUCGGCGGGUGGCGUUUGGGCAGCCUCACCCCUGACAUACGUGGGCCACCCCCACCUCCUUGCCUGAUGAGGCGGGAAGCAUCAGCAGCGGGAGCAGCGAUUUUCCUCCCCGACAGGCUGACCACUGCUGCGACUCCAGGCUCUCGGUGGCCGAGCUGCUGUCUCGAAGCGGCCCCAGUUUCCUGUGCCCGCAGGAGGAAUGGAUUCCUGCAUCCCUGCCUUUGUCCAGGGUCGCUGGGCAGGGGGAAGGUCCGGCAAUCUCCUCAGCCCGCACCCCACGCCCCCAGCUUGCGGACAGAAGCUGUCCUCCGAGACCCCAGUGACUGCCAGUUAGUGGGAAAUGGCCCGAGACGGCAGCACGUGGGCCCGCCUACCUUUGGGUUCCUGUUGGACGUCGAUGGAGUGCUGGUGCGUGGCCACAAGGUGAUCCCCGCCGCCCUGGGAGCCUUCCGCAGGCUGGUGAACUCCCACGGGCAGCUGCGGGUGCCUGUGGUCUUUGUCACGAAUUCCGGGAACGUCCUACAGCACAGCAAAGCCCAGGAGCUGUCCGCCCUGCUGGGGUUCAAGGUGGAGCCAGACCAGGUCAUUCUCUCUCACAGCCCCAUGAAGCUCUUCUCGCAGUUCCACAGGAAGCGGAUGCUGGUGACCGGGCAGGGCCCCCUGCUGGAAAAUGCCUGCGGGCUGGGGUUUGAGAACGUGGUUACUGUGGAUGAGCUGCGGAUGGCCUUCCCUGGGCUUGACAUGGUGGACCUCCAGCGGCGACCGACGACCAUGCCCCUUCCCAGGAACGACUUCCCUGCCAUCGAAGGGGUGCUCCUCCUUGGAGAACCAGUCCGUUGGGAGACAAGCUUACAGCUUAUCAUGGAUGUCCUUCUCAGCAAUGGGAACCCUGGGACUGGUCUGGCAGCAGCUCCCUAUCCCCAUCUCCCCAUCCUGGCCAGCAACAUGGACCUCCUUUGGAUGGCUGAAGCCAAGAUACCCAGGUUUGGCCACGGUACCUUUCUGCUGUGCCUGGAGGCCAUUUACCAGAAGCUGACGGGCAGAGAGCUGCGAUACGAGGGUCUGAUGGGCAAGCCCAGCGUCCUCACCUACCAGUAUGCGGAGGACCUGAUCGGGCUGCAGGCGGCGCGGCGGGGCUGGGCCGCGCCCAUCCGGAGGCUGUACGCCGUGGGCGAUAACCCCAUGUCCGAUGUGUACGGCGCCAACCUGUUCCACCGCUACCUGCAGAGGGAGAGGCGCGGCGCGCAGAGCUGCGCCUCCAUCCUCGUGUGCACCGGCGUGUACUGCCCCCAGGCCGCAUCGCCCGCGCCCGGUGGAGAGGCGCCCCCGUUCCACGGGCACCGCGACUUCGGCUUCAGUCCAGGACUCAUGGAGGCGUCCCACAUCGUGAACGACGUGGACGAGGCUGUGCAGCUGGUUUUCCAUGAGGAGGGCUGGGCUCCGUAGUGAGGGCGUGCGGGAGGUGGGGAGGGAGUGGCCGCGGGGCGACCCCACGUGUAGGCUCCGGUCACUCGGUGAAGACAGUUUUUUUCAGCUGGGCAGUAGCCACACAGCGGUACCGUGGGUAGCACUGAAGCCCGAGUCCUGUCCGCUCUGUCCGGUAGCCUGAACUCAGGAAGCCCUUUCUCUCUGCCUCAGGUUCCUCCUUGCUUCUGUGGGGACUUCGCAGAAAGGGAGGAGGGAUAGUACGGAAAUUGCAGGGCCUUUGAAGGCUGCUGCAUGCUAGCAAGGGUGUGACUGAUUCUAGGCAACUGCUUUGUAUUGUGUUUUAGCUUAUUGCCCAGAGACUUUUUUAAAAUUAAUCAUAAUAAAUGUUCUUCAUGCUGCCUCUUG